GCCAAAUCCUGUCACUCACUUUGUGUAGUAGCAACUCUCUCUUUCUUUGUUGGAUCUCUAAGAAGCAAACAUGGCAGCUUCUUCUCCAAUGGUUAGCCACCUCAAGUCAAGCUUCACUAGGCCUCUUGUCACUCCUAAGGGCUUUGCUGGCUCUUCUCCAUUGAAGUUCUCUCCUUCUAGAAGACAUUUCACCUUCUCUGUUAAGGCCAUUCAAUCUGAGAAGCCAACAUAUCAAGUGAUUCAACCGAUUAAUGGUGACCCUUUCAUUGGAAGCCUUGAAACCCCAGUUACAUCAAGCCCAUUGAUUGCAUGGUACCUCUCCAACCUCCCAGCAUAUAGAACAGCAGUGAACCCACUACUAAGGGGAGUUGAAGUGGGCUUGGCCCAUGGCUUCCUCCUAGUAGGCCCAUUUGUAAAGGCCGGGCCUUUAAGGAACACUCCCUAUGCCGGUGGUGCCGGCUCCCUCGCCGCCGCCGGACUUGUUGUGAUCCUAAGCAUUUGCCUCACAAUCUAUGGAGUUGCAUCCUUCAAUGAAGGGCAGCCGUCGACCGCCCCAUCGUUGACCCUAACCGGCCGCAAGAAGGAGCCUGAUCAGCUCCAAACAGCGGACGGUUGGGCCAAGUUCACCGGUGGGUUCUUCUUCGGAGGAAUCUCCGGUGUUACUUGGGCCUACUUCCUUCUCUAUGUCUUGGACCUUCCUUACUACUUCAAGUGAAGAAACUUAGGAAUUUUAAUUUCUUUGGUUUAUCUACUAAAUAUUCAAUCUCAAUGAACUGUACUAAGGAAUGAUAUAAUGAUUUCUAGUGUUGAAUUGAGAUGGAUGUGUAUAUGAAUGACUCUCACUUUUGUUACAAUGCUAAAUUCCCCCUCUUGUUCUCCCAUCUUAA